AUGGAUCCGCAGAGCCAGUCCUUCACUCCCUCCUUUGUGAGCGUCAAUGAGACUUGGCGGCUUCAAACGGAUCUCGCCAAAAUGCAACAACUACAGGUGGAGCAUGCGGAGCGUAUCGCACGGCUAGAGCGGCGACAAGAUGAUGAUGCCAAAAUCAAGAGCGUGUGGGGACCUACUUCGCCAUUUCCAAGCGCGCUUGGAGUGAACACACCACAGCAAGCUGCUCUGCAACAGCCUCCAGUGGAUCAGUUUCGCCAUUUCGAUGACGAAGCCAACAACAUGAUCAGCAGUCUCCAUCUCGAUGCCGACGAUGAGCCGCGAAGAAGCAUGGGCGCAACAUCACGGGCGAAUAGUGUGCGAUUUGAUGAGACAGCCAACACAAAUCAUUUCUCUCACACAUCGCGCGCAUCAGGCGAUUUCAUGUUGCGCACAAGUAGUGCCCUUAGCGGAUUACAGCUGGGCGAGCGCACGAUGUCGUACAAAUCAGAGGGUCGCGCUAGUUCCCAACAUUCGCUUCGCUCUGCUGCCUCUGGUCGCGCCAACAGCCUUAACAUGGAUCUCGCUUAUGGCGAAGCGAUGCGUUCACCUCUAGACACUCCUGGAUUCGCCCCUGGUCUGGCUUUGCUUGGUGCUGUCCCAGCGAUCAUCAGGUGCUGGAUGAACACCAACUUCAAGCACGAUGCUCUUCUGUAUGCAGCAGUGUGCUCCGGCUCUUUCAAAUCGUUUCUGGACUCGCGACUGAUUCAUAAGCUCGGAUUCGACUCUGUGAUACGCACUGACGACAAUGGCAUUCGCACAGUCGAGCUUCCCAUCUUCUUUCCUGAAGCUGUUCCGUUGACAUCAUCGUCAAGAUCGAGUAGUCCCGCUCCUCAUCUACCGUCACUAACUGCUGAGUUUCGUGUCGUCGAUCAUGCAAGUGACGAAGGCGAAGGGCAAGCCAUCCAGAUCCUUAUCGGCAGCGAUAUUUUAAGAGCGCACAAUGCGGAUAUAUUGUUUUCUUCAAAUAGCAUGACUAUCUACGAUGGGGAUCGUAACAAACUCAGUAUCCCGCUUGCACGUCCCGAGAACCAGGCUACUUACAAUACACUUCAUACUACCAGUGGACUCGCACCGUCUUCGUCGUCGGUCAGCAAACAGCAGGAGGAAGCUCCAACAGUACAACCCUUUCUCAACGGACUUGGCCAGGACAGUUCUUCAGACCUGCAGAUCUCGUCGAAUGGCCCACAUUCUGCCAAAUACCGACCUCCUGCCGUUCUAGCCGUGGGUGGUGGGUCCGCCAAUGAUGCUCACAGACCAAGCUCAAUUCCAACAACGUCGAUAGACUCAGAGAAUACGACUCGACCCCCGAGCCGGCAGUCGAUCGUUUCACGUCCUUCACUCGGCAACCUGAGCGCAAGUCGUACCGAUACCAGCGGAGAUGUUGAGUCGUCGUCCAGUCUCGGGCUGACAAACACCUCACUCCAGCCUUCAACCUCUACAGCACGAUCCGGUGGGAGUAGCCCUGCGUUGUGGGCAAACAGCUGGCGUCGAGGCGAACCUAGUGGCGGUGUUUCUCCCGCAAUGCAGCCUUCGAGUCAGCCGCCCAGUACCGGCCUACCCAGCAGCAACAGCAACAGCAACAGCAGUAACGCACUGGACUGGGGCGCGAUCGCCAAUAACCGCCUCCGGGAUUCAACCAAUACCUUCUCCUCGACACGGCGGGAAGGCGGCCUAUCCGGAAUCAAAGUCCUCAAGCCCAAAACAGCUCUCUCAUCAACAUCCACUCGCGCCGUCUCCACCUCCUCGGCGGCGCCAUCUCCCGUCAUCGGCGCCGCCACCAACGUCGGACCUGAAGCCAAAAUCACCCCUAGCAGCGUGAGCAAUAGCCGUUUCUUCGAGGAAGGCCGUCAGCGGAUCGAUCCCCCGAAGAAGGAGAAUGCUCUAGGUCUAGGUCUUCUACCUUCUGCCUCGGCAGGGACAGCGCCUUCGACCACUGCAGCGGCGGCCGCCGCAGGCAGCACUACGCCCAAGACGAAGACGAACCCCAUCGGCGGCGCGUCGGCGUUUUCAUGGCUGAACCCUGGAGGUGGUGGUGCCGCUGGCGGUGCAGGGAGUACAGGAGGGUUGAAAUGA